GAGUGCGGAAGCCAAAUAAGAGUGUGUAUAUUGCCUCAGAAUGUAAACAAAUUUGUACAAGGCAGGUACCACCAGCACAUAAUUUACGGCACGUUUAACAUAUUGGUAAAAACAUUACUAAUGUUUGGUUGACAGUUGGUGAUUUGUCUUACAAUUUAUCGACACAAACAACUAAAAUAGAUAUAACGUUAGCUACCAACAAUACAAUAAUGAGCAACUCGUCCACCUCAAUGGCUCAUACUCUCAGCUUCGGAUCUGUCCGUCAAAGCCCCCCGCUGAGUUCAAAUUUUGCACUGACACAUGGACUGUUGGAUUCAGCUGCCGAGCAGUUAAUGGUUCAGAGGGAUUUCCAAGCUGCUUUCGACACAUGUGAGAGAGGUCUGGUGAGCCUUUUAAACGCGGAGCAAGAAGACAGCAGGUAUGGGGAGUUGAAGGCUGCACUCUGCAUUGUGGGGAUUCAAGCAUUGGCUGAACUCAAUCAGUGGCCUGGUGUACUGGCAUGGAUUCUGCAACAUUAUGAGUGCCCUGAGAAAAUAUCUGCAAAAAUAAUGCAGAUGUGCAUACUCCUCUACACCAAAGUGGGUGAGCAAGCUAUGAUGCAGGAGGCAGGCCAUGUUUGGCUGUGCUGCCCAUCCAAUGGGAGAUUGGCAGGAUUUGGGACUGUAGCAGAGCUUUAUUUACUGCAUAUUCUAGUGCCUUUAGGUCAUAUGACAGAGGCACGGGAGUUGGUUUUUGGUGAGGUGGGAGGUAUUGCAUUCACAGAGGACCAGAAACAAACAGCACUGGAUAUCGUGGAGAAUAAAGAGAACCUCAGCCAAGAACAACAUCCAAGCCCUAAUCCCAACACCAGUCCUGUGGUGGUGGUUGCUGGACUUAACACACCUCAAGGUGCUGUGAUUCAGAAACUUGAGGCCUUGCUUAGGCUUUUGAACAGAGGACUAUCAGUAGCCAGUGGUGGGUUAUUCCGUCUUCAGAGAUUUUUUCUGGCCGCGGUCCUUCUCUACAUGCUUUUUGUCCGAAUGGAUCCAGCUCAUCCCUCAUCUUUCCCCUGGAUCUCACAGAUGUUGCAGAUGCUGAAGCAGAUGUGGGACGCCAUGUUUGCUCCUUACUAUCGAGCCAGAGCUCAGAGCUAAGAACUGUAAAACCAUACAGGCUGGUGCUGGGACAUUAUGGUUUAAAAUUGACUGAGAACCAAGAGCUCACCAUUGACCCUCACCAUGUAAACAUGAAUUAGUGACUGAGAUAAAGAGAGAAAUUAGGGGGGCUUUUGUUGGCAACAACAACAUUUAUAACUGUGAAGGCAGAAUGUGAACAGCAUGGAUACAUGUGAAGGCAGAAUGUGAUAGUAGUAGUCAGAAUUAAUUUCCAUGGUGUUGCAGAUUCAGUUGCUCCCAUAUAGGUGUGUGUGCGAGCGAGCCAGAAAGCGAUUGAGUGUGUGUGGUGACACAUUUUGUGUUGAUAUGAAUUGCCCAAUCCAAAACAACUGCUGUAAGCAAGCUAAUUGUAAUCAGAUGCAUGUCAGACAAAUUAUAACUUUUACAUGACAGUGAUAGAUUUUUAAUUGGUAAAAUGAUAAUUAUGUCAUUAUGAAUUACUCCAGCAUCUUUCAAUAGGGUCUGGCUCCAGCAGAUACCUUCUCAGGACACAGACGCUGUGAGGUAUAUGGGCUCAGACUGGUUGAUUGCUGCCAGAGAGGAUGGCGCAUGUAUUAGCGAGCUAGUGUGUAUUAGCGAGCUAGUGUGUACUAGGUUUACUAGCUAGCUAGGGUGUACUAGGUUUACUAGCUAGCUAGUGUGUACUAGGUUUACUAGCUAGCUAGUGUGUACUAGGUUUACUAGCUAGCUAGUGUGUACUAGGUUUACUAGCUAGCUAGUGUGUACUAGGUUUACUAGAUAGCUAGUGUUUACUAGAUAGCUAGUGUGCACUAGAUAGCUAGUGUGCACUAGGUUUACUAGAUAGCUAGUGUGCACUAGGUUUACUAGAUAGCUAGUGUGCAGUGGGAGCUAUAGGCAGGUAUACCCACUUUUUUUCAGUGGGCAUUGCGUAUUACUUCUUAAUCCCCAUUGAUGCAUAUCCAAGUUAUACGCCAUACCAAUUAUGUAGUACAAUAGCGACGUCAUGCACAAAGUAGCCUACAUAAUCGCAAAGCAUGUGAAAUAUAUUCACAUGCGCAGCACACACAUAGCUAAUUUCUGCAGAAUAUCAGGCAGCAACCACGCUCAAUUGGUUUUCGCAUUGGAGCAGAUCAGAAUUGAACGACAUCAGUAGCUGGUAUUGUAGGAAAGAGGUUUCAACUUUUAUCUACCAGGAACUGAGGAAACAAUGGAACCAGGUAUUGAAAAAGUUUGGUCCAAAUUCUUGGUUGAAUCUUUGUAAUGCACAGUUCAGUCAUCAAGCGCUGUUUGAGUCAACAUUUCUAUAGGCUUCACCAAAAAAACCUUGGUAAAGGGUUACCUGGCAGAAUGAAAUCAUGAUGAUUUGUAUCCAUUUGGAGGGCAUUGGUUUUGCAAACUCUGCCAUGUAGGCCUACAUUGUACAGUACAAACACAUGGCUAGCCAAAUAGUCACUUGCUAGGUGAGCAAUUCAAUUAAAAGGCAACCACACCCUCCAAAUAUUUAUAUUUUUCCCAGACCAGAGAAAAUGGACUCCUGGUGUGUUUUAAGCAUUGCUGUGGACUUGUUUGUUUUUCUAUAAAAAAAAGUGUGAUUUUUGAGUGAAAACCUGAAAAUAUAUAGUAAAACAGAAGAAGAAAAACUGUAGGAAAACAGCAUUUUUCACACAGAGUGCCUUUCCUUCACGGCAAGCCUUUUUGGAUUUUGGGGGGGGGGCAAAAUUAGAGUAUACCCACUUCUCCAAGCAUCACUGCUAGACAGUUUCCAGUUAGCCUGUAAUAGCUUCUUUUUUUUUUUUUGCAGAUUAAGUAAAAUUGCCACCUGACAAUUGUCCGGGAGAAGAAAAAAAAUCCCAUUGCGAAAUAAUGCUUUUUAGCCUAUUAAUUGAUAGAAAUACCAGUUGAUGGAAAUGCAUUUGACCAGUCAUGCUUAUUGGCCUGUCUUAAUUUGCAUAAUUUUGUGGAAUUGAAUUGGCAUGUGUGUAUUAUAUUCCUUAUGUAUGUUAUUUAUCACAUGCACAGCAUACAGAUACAGGGUCUUUUAGCGGAACAUGUGUCAGACAGCUUUUUUAUAAACCCAAUCAAUGAGCAACAAUUCUAAAUGCAA